UAAAAUAAAUACGUAACAUAUCACGCAUAUAUUCAUAUUUCACACACUUCUUACCUUAUUUCGAUGUAAUCCUCUAUCUUUUCAUUUAUUCCGCUUUACGGUAAUUUUUCCGCUCGUUAAUUCCGAUAUUUUGUUAAAGAUAACGCACGAUAUUUCGCUGGAGUGUCAUUAAAAUAAAAAAACGCAUUUUCCAUUAUAAUUCAUGUUCGUGUGUUACGCUCAAACUCUGACGUAAAUUCAGCCGUCGGGAAUGAUUAACGUCGUGCAUUCAGCGCGUGACAAUUAUUUGUGCAACAAACUUUCAUCAAUGUAUCUCGAUUCGAGAGUCGAACGCUCUUUUCUUCCUGCUUAAUGCGCGCGCGCGUAAUAGCAAACCAGCUUUGUCGUAAAACGCCCCGCUUCAUUAUUUCAUGUCGCUGCACCUCCGACCGGACGCAAUAACGUUCAUUUCUAUGCAAUAAAGUAAUGAUGCAUCGUCUCGUAGUCCAAUGAAACGAUUUCCUCAAUAACGCGUUGAAAUUUCCGCGGCGCGCCGUCGAUUUGCCUCCGUCCGACGAAGUUGCGCGGCAAUUACGCCUCGCGCGACAAAACUGCCGUGAUAACUUUUGCGGAAUAAUCGGCAAAUUGCCGAGCGUUAUAAUGCGAAUAUCGUGCGUACGCGCGAUGUGAUACGUUCACGCGUUGGUAUAUAGAAAAUAUUGAGAGCGCUCUAGAGAAUAUAACGAGCGCGCCAUGCUCGCGCGGAUUGAUUCAAUGUGGAAAUUCACAAUUUCAAUCCGGAAAUAUCUUUCGAGGUCCGGUUAUUUCGCGCCCGAAGAUCCGACGACGUAUUUGUUUUUUUCAUUUAACGUUCGAUGUUGCGGACGCUGGUUUGCAACUAAAAACUAAAAAGGUGCAAAAAGCGUGCGUCCAGCUUCAAAUCUGUAGUUUUAGGCGAUCUGUAAAUGGCAGCAGAGAUGCAUAAAUUCAACAUACUACGUAUCGAUAUUAUAUUACGUCCCGGACGCGGAUGUUGGAUUAUUGAAAGAUACGGAGUCGCGCCGCGAACGCAAGGCUUCGGGUGGAGUGUAAAUGUCCUUUUUGGGUCAAUGGAUUUAACCAAUUUACCCUGGGAUGGACGAGGCUGUAUGAAUGCUGUUGUGGAUAUAGAUGAGCGGGUAUGUGCGUGUGUGUGUGUGUAAGAUUGAAGGAAGUUAAUAGAUAAAAAAAAAGUUGCAAGAAUUAAAUUUAUUUACGUUUGAGGAAUUGUUUUGAGUUAAGUCGUACUUGACGUAGAAGCCGAGAGAGAGCAAAGCCGCGAGGGAACAAAGCUUUUUCUUUGCUUCUCGCGUCACCUUUUAUAGGUAGGUAAUGAGACACCCCCGCGCAGGUUCCUCAUUACCCAAUCAGGGGCAAAGUGCAUCUUACGCCAUAAAAAAUGAGUCAAUUGGGUUUCUCUUGCGAUGCAUUAGAACUGUUGGUUUUCCAGCGCUAUCGCUGCCGAUUGCUUCAUCUGAAGCAAUGAUCUGAUACUUCGGGGUAUCCCUAACCAGAAGAUAUUGUGUAACACGUUACGCGAACGUAACAAUUAUAACGUCGAUAUUACUUUCAGGUUCUGUUUUUGUUCUCUUGUAUUUUUGAAUUUUAUUCUUUGCUGUUCUUUUUUUCUCCCUAAAAGAACCGUCUGUUCUGUCUGUUUAAGCUAUUAUUAUUUAAUAUUAGUAACAGAGACUCUAUGAAAUGUAAAAUCUAAUAUUGAUGUUAGGCUCUAUUUUCUCUUCUUUCUCUAUUUCUAUUUACUGACGUCUAUUUCCCUCUUUCGGUUUUUAGAAAAAUAAUAUUGUGCUAAAUUAUAAAUUUAUUGAUAUGUACAUAUAAUAUACACACACACAUACAGAGAAAGAGCGCGAGAGAGAGAAAGGGACGGGGGGGGAGAGGAGAGGAUUGUUAUAUUAAAAUAGAGCUGGAGCAUCUCGAUAUUUCUUCUAGGGCUCGAGAACUCCGGGGAAACGCGGUUCUCCGUUACCAUGAAGUAUUAACGACGACUACUUGGGUUUCCGUUCUAGUCAAGAAUCGUAACGGAUACGUGUAGCCGCGCGUAACGUGACGUCAAGUUAUGCCCUCAUGUAUACUAGACAUUUAUUGCUUACCUCACUUUUGCCAUUAUAACUCAUUAAUAUUCCACGCGUCGUUUGUCGAACAGAUGCCGGGGAAUGCAACGGUGGGUAGCACGCUGUUAGAAGAGGAGCUCCAUCGAAUUAUUAUGGAGCGUAGGGAAGAAUGCUUGAAGCUGAAGGCCAUGAACACGACGCCACUGUCGGAGCCAUAUUGCCGGCUUACAUUCGAUGGGUGGUCCUGUUGGCCGGACACUCCAGCGGGAUCGACCGUAUACGCACCGUGUCCGAACUUCAUCACCGGUUUUGACGCAUCGUUGAUGGCGCACAAAUACUGCGAGUUGAACGGCACGUGGUUCCGGCAUCCCGAGUCCGAUCAAAUAUGGAGCAAUUACACGACUUGCGUAAAUCUGCAGGAUCUGAGCUGGCAGCAAAGAAUAAGCGGGAUCUACGAAGUGGGAUACGCGAUAUCCUUGGUAGCGCUAUUACUUUCUUUAGGAAUUCUCACGUACUUCCGAUCUCUGAGAUGCGCACGGAUUACGUUGCAUAUGAACCUGUUCACUUCAUUCGCCAUCAACAAUGCUCUGUGGCUGAUCUGGUACAGAUUCAUCGUGGCGAAUACGGACAUACUACUUAAUAACGGCAUACCGUGUCGCGUUUUGCACGUGCUCCUUCAUUACUUUCUAUUAACAAACUACGCCUGGAUGCUCUGCGAGGGCUUCUAUCUGCACACGCUGCUGGUAAAUGCAUUCACCAGCGAGCACAAAUUAGUGAAUUGGCUGAUGGGACUCGGAUGGCCGGUGCCGGCUGUAAUCGUCACCUUGUACACAGCAUUACGCGCCUGCAGCGACGAUCUUACGGAUACUGAACAGUGCUGGAUCAACGAGGGCAACUAUAUGAACGUGCUUGUUUAUCCUGUAUGCGUAUCGACCAUGUUGAAUCUACUCUUCCUGUUUAACAUCGUGCGAGUACUACUGAUGAAGCUGCGCGCCGGCCCCGCCAUCGGAACGCGCCCAUCGCGAUCCAUGCUGCAGGCUUUCAGGGCGACGUUACUGUUAGUACCCCUCUUGGGCCUUCACUAUUUAGUGAUCCCAUUCCGACCGCCCAAAAAGCAUCCUUGGGAGCAGUUUUACGAGGUCCUUUCUGCGAUGACGGCUUCCUUCCAGGGUCUCUGCGUGGCUGUGCUUUUCUGCUUUUGCAACGGCGAGGUAAUAGCGCAGUUCAAGAGGAAGUGGGACGGCAACGCGCUUUUGCGAAAACGGGCCAACUCCUGCACGGCCACAACUGUCUCGGUCCGAUGGCGGGAGAGGAGAAGGUGUGACUAUCAACCAGCAGCGUCGACGGUGCCGCAGGACGACUGCAAGUUAGCCGAGGCCCAGCAUCAGGAACAACAACAACACCAAGCCGUGCAGAUGGUCGCCACCAGUCGAGCCAGUAAUCACGGUAACAACAACCACGCGCGGGUGCUCAUCAAGCGCGGUGACUUGCACGACGAGAGCGACCAGACGCAGUGUUGAUGACCAUCGGACCGUCGGACAGGGUUGAUCGCGCACGGGACCAGCACGGGCUUCUUCGUGAUGUGGGCGACGGGGAGGGGGGCAUCCCGGCAAUCUCUGUCGAGCUAUUUGUUGAUGCGAGCUCCGAGGAACGUGGCAGUGAUUUACGAGCGCGCGCGCUACUCGGGGGUAUUAGUGGUAUGAGUCACAUGAUAAGUCACGUAAAUUAAAUUAGCACUUUGAAGACCGGAGACAUAAAUUAAUGUCCUCAUACGAUCGAUGCACGCGUAGAUACCGGUGCUCAAAGUAUUAAUUUAAUUUGCGUUAACACGUUAAAUGUUAUUGCGUUAUUUGAAAAACUGCGACACGUAAUUCGAUGGUAUUAUCGGUUUAUUUUAUUUUUUUUUACAGAAGCCUAUGAAAUGUAUCGUGGGGUAUUGAUUUAAUAAUAAUAAUAAUAAUAAUAUGACGAAACAAUACGAUUUUGCAUUUCGAAUUCCUCGAAGUGUGACUGGUACCACUGUGUGUCGUCCCAUCGUUAAAUACUGAAUAAAAAAGAUCGAGAGCUUGCAGUGAGAGGCAGCUUACCUAGUCCGAAGUCCACGGCCUAGAAUUCAGGAUUUCCCAAAGUCUAUGAAAAGCCCCGUAAUUUAUUUUCUUAACAGAAACAGAAUUGACUGGAUCGCGAAAGUGGGACGGGCGUUGAGGGGGAAUGGCAAAUUGGACCGGAUAGCAAAUUGGCCAAGAAUAGCUGUUUUCUUUCGAAUUAUUUUCGAAGAAAUUAACGGACGCAAUGAACACCUUUAACAAAGCUGUUGCACUUUGCGGGUUUUUUUUCUCAGUAUUUCUUGCCAUUAUCUCGUUUAGUGAUGCAAGUUCAACAUCCAUCACCGCUGCGGAAAUUGCAGCGAAACCAGAGGGGGUAGAUUUUCAAGAUAUCGAUCUCGCAGCGUUCGAAAUUGCAUAACUCUUAAUUUCCAUCGGAUUUGCAUGCAGAUUUACGCACAUAUUCUGAACGCUUUUAUAUUUUAAAAAAUGCAAAAAAAGAACAAAAAGUAAUACUUUUCAAAGUCACCAACCUACUACCUUCCCCUUUAACUGGACAGAUUUAAUUUUUGUAGCGAUCAAUACAUAACCAGGAUCUACGUAUCAACAUAAAAAAGAGCAUGGCGUGAUUCUCUUCACAAUAAAUCUCGUCUUGAGCGGAACCGAACGAAGACGAUCCUGUUUACAAUUAAAUGUUCAAAGGGGAGGAAUCAUAUCAAUGAUCAUUCGAUCGUCGUUUUUAUACUCUCGAGCAUAGCGAAGAAUUCGUUGUUAGUUGCUCAUGCGAUCAUCCAAAGGCGAUUAAUUGAUGUAUCAAUGUUUCUUGCCAAUCAUUUCGAGUAUAACGCGGUUUGUUUGAUAUACUUUAAUAUUAAUGUAACACCGUGUAAUAUAUAGAAUGUUACUGAAAGACGUUUCAAAAUUUUGCAGCCUUGCAGUAUUCACUAAACUCCACUCACUCGCUUUCUCCUUAAUUUUCUCUCUUACAUUUCAUUUAUAUUUAAAUUUUCUGUUUAUUUUUUAAAAUCUUAAAAUUUUUGCAUAUUUCCACGUAGAAACUUCAUUUCCACGUAGAAAUGGUACAGAGGGAAAUGUCAAGCGUGUAUUGAAAUAAAAAGAUGACAUACAGAAUGCCAUUUCAUUUAAUAAGUUAAAAUAACAAAAUGAUAAGAUAACUCCGUGUAACGUGUGACCUUUUAUUUUUAGAUUGUAGAAAAUCGCUAUGUGAAACAAUUGAUCCAUAGACUCCCGUUGACUAAGCAUUUAUUUUUUUUUUUUUCACUCAGUUUAGUGAGCACUACAAAGUAACUGUAAAGUUUUGAAUCUCCCUUCAAUAAAACGCCGUACACUGAUCAGCUGUAUACUAAUACUAAUACUCAUCUUUCUGUAACGCAAUCGUAAAUGAAAAGUCAUCAACGCUACAGUUAGAAUAAAUGUCGAUACGGUAUUAGCCUUAACUGUGCGAUCAAUUAGAGAAAAAUCUUGCGCAUCUGUAUCAUAAGUAAAAAAAAAACUUAAGAAUGUUCAAGGGUGGUUUUGCGUGAUGAUACGUUUCGCGCAGCCUAAAAGGGAGACCCCGUGCAGGUACCUGAGCAUUAACGCUUGGAAGUACGACACUUGGAGCUUUCAUUGUCUAUAGGGAGGGGGGUGACAUUUUCGUGACAAUGGCCAAAGAGUUUCUUCGUUUCGUCAUUUUCUUUAUGUACGAAGUUUUACUUUCACGUAAACUGUGUCGACUGUAAGCGGUUCUAUACGAAUAUAAUGUGAAUAUUGUGUAUAUAGUGUGCGUGUAACAUCUUGAUUGUUGCAAGGAAUUUACAAAUCCUUAAGAGGAACAGACUCCCGCGAGAGAGAGAGAGAGAGAGAGAGAGAGAGAGAGAGAAGAAAUGUUUAGAAAAUUUAAUAUAUUUUGCGAAAAGUUACAAUAAAUAUGAAGCUAAGCCUCGAUUCAGUUGUGCCACUCCCUGAAACAAAUGUCACCAUCCUCCAGCGAGUUUCUUUAUCAAGCCGAUAGCAAAAAGGUAAGAUCCACGAAGCGUCGAAUCGAAUAACGAAACACGAUUGCACGCACUGUAUUUAGGAAAUUCCGUUCUCCGUUCUUUUAUUUUGAAGAAAAAUCCCGCAG